AUUCGUAGAAUGAAAGCUAACGCAAGAGAGAGAUGUCGAAUGCAUAUGUUAAACGAUGCAUUGGAAGAAUUACGCCGUGUUAUACCGGGCUAUGCUCCUGAUCAGAAGUUAUCAAAAAUUGAAACUCUGCGAUUAGCUCGAAAUUACAUUUCAGCCCUAACAGAAGCACUUAAAAUAAAUUCAAAUCAACCGUUAUCUACAGAAUCA